AAGUCGCAGGCGGGACAGUGUAGUUGAGUAGGCAAUGAACGUAAUACUCACCUAAUAACCUUGUUUAUAAGUAAACAUGGCAUGGACUCGUACAGGUAAAGAAUAAAUCACAAUGAAGAAAUUUAGAAGACGAUUCUCUGAGAAAAUCACUAAAUUAUCUGCAGCUUCGUCAACGUAUGAAGACAGUGUUGUUGAGGAGGAUGCUUCAUCAGAUGUGGAAAAAUCAUCUCAGUUUGUUCAUUCCAAAAUAAACAACUGCACACCCAUUAAAGAAAAUGUUCAACGAUUGCCAUCAUUAAGUGAGGAAGAGAUUGACGAUUCAGUUUUAAGAAAAAGGUUUCUUUCGGCCACAACGUCAUCUGAUGUGUGGAAUCAAUCAACAAAUCAUGAAAAGAUAGCGAGACGACACUCAAGUCCUGCUUGGGGUAUUGGAGAACUUUCACCGUAUGGGAAACUUGAAACUUAUAAAAAACUUGGUGUGCUUGGUGAAGGUUCAUAUGCUACUGUUUAUAAAGGACAAAGCAAGCACACUGGGCAAUUGGUGGCACUGAAGGAAAUUAGUUUAAAUGCUGAGGAAGGAGCUCCUUUUACAGCUAUACGUGAAGCUUCAUUGUUGAAGACACUCAAACAUGCAAACAUAAUCACACUGCAUGAUAUUGUACACGCUACCACCACUCUUACCUUGGUGUUUGAGUACAUGGUGACUGAUCUAAGUACCUACAUGGAGUGGUACGGUUCAUGUGGAAUCCACCCGUCCAAUGCCGUACUAUUUACCUUUCAACUUCUGCGUGGACUUGAUUAUUGCCAUCAGCGAAGAAUUUUACACAGAGAUCUAAAACCUCAAAAUUUACUCCUCAGCGAUUUGGGAGAGUUGAAACUGGCAGAUUUUGGUUUAGCUCGUGCAAAAUCAAUUCCUACCAACACAUACUCAAAUGAAGUUGUAACGUUAUGGUAUCGACCACCCGAUGUUUUACUUGGAUCACGAAAUUACACAACUUCUCUUGAUAUGUGGGGUGUUGGAUGCAUUUUCCUUGAAAUGUUAACGGGAAUGCCCGUCUUUCCCGGCCAUUCUGAUGCCAAUGAUCAACUCACAAAGAUAUUUAAAGUUCUUGGGACUCCUACACCCCAGACGUGGAGAAAACUUCCCUCCUUUCCGUGUUACGAGGAUUAUUCUUCGUGUUUUACUCCAGUAAGAAACAGAGUAACUUUUGAUGAAACUUUUACGAAAAUUUCUCGAAUUGAGUUUGGAGUUGAAUUUGCACUGGAUCUACUACAGUUUGAACCAGACAAUAGGCUAAGUGGAGCUGAAGCAUUGCAUCAUCCAAUAUUCCACCAUUUUCCCGAUAACAUUCAUACUAUCCCUGACAGAGCGUCGGUCAUAAAUAUUCCUGGUGUUCGUUUAAUGAAGGAAGAAACGAUUCCUUCUUCUGAAUCUGUCAAAUUUACAAUCGGUUAAUAGUAUUUUGCCUUACCCCACAUAAAAGUAUUACCAAUAUUAGUACAUUGCAGUAAAUAUAUUUUGAUUUUUAACUUUCUGUAUAACAUUGCUGCCAUUUUUAUGAAUGCGUAUUUGAACUGACGUCAUGAUCACGUGCCAUGUUCAAAAUUCCGAAUACGAAACAUACAGUCGACAGAAACAAUUGAGCUGUAGCCGCUAUAAUUGUUCUCACUGUAUUAGUUUAGAGCGUGCAAUAUUUUCCCAUAUCUUUGGACUGAACCUAAAACAAAAAACGUUAUAUCACGUAUUCUAAUCUCAAAACAUUGGUACCUGUCAGAACACAACAGUUUUUAUGAACUAUCACCACUAUCGACGUUUUAACUGCGUGAUUGUAACCUCGUAUGUCGUUCCAUAUAUUGCGCUAUGUUCCGUGCCCGUACCUGCGAAAUUCAUACAUCGUAGUAUUCGUAUAUCUUAUACCAUGUAUUAUGUUGCAGAACUACCUACAUCUCAGUGUGCAAUAAGCCAUGCUGCUCAUAAACAAUAAUAAAUCAUUUUCGUGCGUAA